AUGUCGACCACCCCCGAUAGACCUUCGCUCGAAAGCGAGGACCACACCCCAGACCAUGACGACGCCGGAGCAGGACAGGAAACCUCUUCUCCACGCAGUGUGUCCCGUGCGGAGGAUACGAGCCCGCGACGCAAAUCUAUCCAGUUCAGUAUCGGCGGAGGCGGACUCCAGCCUGCUAUCCGGCAGUCUACAGGCGUCAAAGCGAAGAGCGUGCCGCAGCUCGAAGUCCAAGAAAAGGAAUCCAGGAGUGUUAGUCGAGGCCACUCUCCACCACCGCCGAGAACGUACGAGCGUGGUGUUUCCUUUGACACGUUCGAUAAUCCGGAUGCCGCGGACUAUUCCUUGACGCUAAAUUACAAACACAAGGGGUACCAGUGUACUCGUCGCAGCAGGACCUUCCUCUGUGGCACCGACCAGAACGACUAUUCGAAUUUCGCCUUGGAGUGGCUGAUCGAUGAGUUGGUCGAUGACGGUGAUGAGAUUGUCUGUCUUAGGGCUGUCGAGAAAGACUCUGGCCUCGCGAGCGACGCGGAAAUCGAGGCUGGGAAGUAUCGGAAAGAAGCAGAGAAGCUGUUCGAGCAGGUAAUCCAGAAGAACAGCCAGGAUGAAAAGGCUAUCAGUCUGGUCUUGGAAUUGGCGGUUGGCAGGGUACAGGACAUUAUCCAGCGCAUGAUCAGAAUCUACGAACCUGCCGUGCUGAUCGUUGGCACGCGUGGUCGAAAGCUUGGAGGCGUGCAGGGCUUGCUGCCUGGUUCUGUCUCCAAGUAUUGUCUGCAGCAAUCGCCGAUUCCUGUUAUUGUCGUCCGCCCUUCCACCAAGCGAGAGAAGAAAAAGAAGAAGCGACUCGCAGAUCCUACUCGGCGUAGCUACAAUCAUAUUCUGGAGAUGAGUGAGCGACGUGGCAGUCACAUCUUCGAUGCCAGCUCGAGCACUGAGAGCAACAUCUCUAGGCUACCCGAUGAAGAGGCGGCUGUUGCUGCGGCUUUGGGUCUCCCUCCGUCGUAUGCGAAUUCGCGGACCUCCCUUUCUAUGUCGGAGCGAAGCAGCGUCAGCCACGAGGACUCUGCGUCGCCGAACUGGGGCUCUUUGGACGUCGCCGCCAAGAGUCCUCCUGCUGGAAGUACGGAGACCACUGAAGACGAAGGCGCUUCCAGUGAUGGAAAGUCUUCUCCCCAGCCAGAGAAUCACGGUGAAAGUGAAUCGCUUAAGCUGAAGUCUCCGGAGGCCAAUCAUACUGGUCCCGAUCAUGGUGCAGUUGCUUCCGACGGCCGAGCGCGAACUACUACGAAGACUGCUCCACCACUGGCGGCCCCGAAGGUCAAAAUUCCGGUGAUUGUCACUGAAGAUAUUUCUACGGAAGAUGGGAAAUAA